AUGAAAAAUCAAAUCAAAAGUCAAGCUGCUCUUAGGCAGAAAUUUGAUACGAAUCGUCUGUGGGAAUGGCAAGCAUCGCAAAAGAAUCGUCCACUAUUUAUUUUACAUGAUGGACCGCCAUAUGCUAAUGGUCCACUACAUAUGGGACAUUUUCUAAACAAAAUUCAAAAAGAUGUUAUAUGUCGAUAUAAAUUACUGAACGGUUACAAAAUUGAUUUUCGUCCUGGAUGGGAUUGCCAUGCUCGUCAAUUUGCGACGGAUGCAAUAGAGUUACAAAAGAAAGAAUUCCAGUCAUGGUCAAUUUUAGCUGAUUGGAAUAAUUGUUAUAAAACAUUCGAUAAAGAAUACAUUAUUGACGAAAUUAAAUUAUUUUGGAAACUAUACGAAAAAGGAUUUCUAUAUCGUCAAUAUAAACCUGUUUACUGGUCUCCAAGUGUUCAGUCAGCAUUAGCUGAAUCAGAACUUGAAUACAAUGAUAAACAUAAAAGGUUCGUUACAAAACAUAAUAAAUAUUUUAAAUUAUUAUUGUAUUAUUUUUCUGUUAGUAUGGCAAUUUAUGUCAGAUUUCGAGUACAAGAUUCCAUAGUUAGUCUGGUAUCUGGGAGUACUGAUUUAUCUAAUUUACCACUUUAUGUACUUAUUUGGACAACAACUCCUUGGUCACUUAUUGCAAAUGAAGCGGUAGCUGUGAACGAAAAACUUCAAUAUGCAUUUUUGAAAACAGUUGAUAAUGAUAUUUAUAUAGUCUCUGAAUCCCUUGUUGAAAAUGUUAAAAAACUCGAACCAUUUAUAGACAGUAAAGUGAUUGGCUAUUGUACAGGUUCUAAAUUGGCUGAUAUUCAUUAUCAGCAUCCAAUUUAUUCUGAUUCUAUUCAUCAUCGUAUAGUAACAAAUGAUCAUGUUUCAUCAAGUAUUGGAACUGGUCUCGUACAUAUAGCUCCAGCACAUGGUCCAGAUGAUUUUAAAUUAUCAAUAAAAUACAAUUUAAAGUGUGUAAAUGCUGUUGAUAAGAAUGGUUAUCUCGAUUGUCCAUCAAUUAAAUCUUUACAUGGCAAAAAUGCAUUUUAUAUUGACGAUGGUAUAAAAUCAAUAAUUAAUUAUUUAGAUAAAAAUGUUAUUUAUCAAAGUGAAUAUAUUCAUUCUUAUCCGUAUGAUUGGCGAACAAAACAGCCAGUAAUUAUUUUGGGUAGUAAACAAUGGUUUAUUGAUACUAACCAAUUACGUGAUAAUGCAAAAGAGUAUUUAAAAGAUCAUGUUGAUGUUUAUCCUGAGGGUGCUGGAAACAGUUUUCAAGCAAUGACAUCUCAACGACCAUAUUGGUGUAUAUCGAGACAACGCCACUGGGGUGUACCAAUACCAGUAUUUUAUAAGAAAAAUAAUAUGGAUGAAAUAAUUGUUAAUCAAGAAAUAAUUGAUCAUUUAAUUAAACAAAUAGAUAAAACAAAUUCAAUUGAUAUAUGGUGGUCAAAAGAUAUUAAAGAUAUUCUACCAGAUGAAAUGCAUAAUCAAGAAAAUAAUUUAGUCCGAGGAAAUGAUAUAUUUGAUGUUUGGUUUGAUAGUGGAUCAUCUUUUUACUCAAUACUCAAAGAUUCUUAUUAUCAAGCUGAUUUAUAUACCGAAGGACAUGACCAAUUUAAUGGUUGGUUUUUAUCAUCAUUAUUAUUAACAAUAGCUGUUCAAUCAACUUCACCAUUUAAAACGUUAUUUGUACAUGGAUUUGUUGUUGAUAAACAAAGUCAAAAAAUGUCAAAAUCAAUUGGUAAUGUAACAUCACCAUCAGAUGUGAUCUAUGGAAAUGCACCAUCGAAAAAACAGAAUUCAGAAAAUAAUUAUUUUCUUGAAAAUGGUCUUGAUGUUUGUCGUGAAUGGGUUACAAGAGAAAGUUAUAAGCCAACUUGUAAAGCAAGCGUCGAAGAUUUUAACAAUGCACAUAAACGUGUAUUUGAUAUUCGAAAUAUUUUUAGAUUUUUAAUUGGUAAUUUAUAUGAUUACAAUCAUUCACAUCAUGAAGUAUCUGUAAAAGAUUUGACAACAGUUGACAGGUAUAUGGCAUAUCGUUUAUCACAAAUAAUUAAAAAGUAUCACAAUGAUUUUGAUCAAUACAGUUUUUAUCGUUCAUUGAUUAUAUUAGAAGAUUUUAUGUACAGUGAAGUAUCUGGAUUUUAUUGUUCCAUAACAAAAGAUCGACUUUAUUGUUAUCCAUCUGACUCAUAUUUACGACGUUCAACUCAAACUGUGUUUUAUUAUUUACUCAAAUGUCUCAAUGAACGUUUGGCACCCAUUAUGCCAUUUCUAGCACAAGAAAUUCACAAUGAAUUAAAGACACUAGAGGGGGCUACAGAACAUUAUGAUGUGUUUCACAAUCAAUUUACGAAUAUUGAUGAAAAGUUUUCGACAUUAUCAUCCGAAAUAAAAUUACUUAUGACGUCUAUAUUGAGCGUACGUGAUACAUUUAAUAGUCUAACAGAAGGAAAACGACCAGCUAUGUUCGACUGUUUUCUAUAUAUGGAUGAACAAAAUCAGACACAUUUUGAUCACAUAAAAAAGUUUCUUAUACCACAAUCUUCGAAUCUGUCAUCGUCGUAUGAGUAUUGGGAACCUCUCGAAGAAAUUCUUCAAUGUUCACAUGUCUAUACUCAAUCACUAUCUGAAAUAGAUGUAACCAAAGAAACAAUGUCAAGUGUUCAUAUUACUCCUGAUAAUCCCUUCAGUUAUGUUUUGAAAAUUAAACGAACAUCUUUACAUUCAUGUCCACGAUGUCGUUUGUUUAAAUCUAGUCAUGACAAUGAAUUAUGUUCCCGGUGUCUACAAACGUUAGAGUUAAAUCAUACAAAUCAACAAAAAUUAAAAGUUGAUAGAAGUUGA